AUGAGCGGCCAGGCCAGCCGGCGCUCAGAGCCGGCGCACAGAGCAGGCGCACAAAGUCGGCGCUCAGAGCCGGCGCUCAGAGCCAACGCUCACAGCCGGCCUUCAGAGCCGGCGCUCGAAGCCAAGGGGCCAGGCGAGCGGCCAGACGAGCGGCUAGGCGCGCGGCCAGGCGAGCCGGCGCUCAAAGCCGGCGCUCGAAGCCGAGCCGAGCGGCCAGGCGAACGGCCGGGCGAGCGACCAGGCGAGCAACCAGGUGAGCGGCAACGCGAGCGGCCUGGCGAGCGUCCAGGCGAGCGGCCAGGCAAGCGUCCCGGCGAGCGGCAAGGCAAGCGGCCAGGCAAGCCGGCGCUCAAAGCCGGCGCUAAGAGCAGGCGCUCAGACCCGGCUCUCAGAGCCGGCGCUCAGAGCCGGCGCUGCGAGCCGCCGCUCAGAGCCGGCGCUCAGUGCCGCCGCUCAGAGCCGGCGCUAAGUGCCGCCGCUCAGAGCCAGCGCUCAAAGCCGGCGCUCAAAGACGAGCGACCAGCCGAGCGGCCAGGCGAGCGGCCAGGCGAGCGGGGAGGCGAGCGGCCAGGCGAGCGUCCAGGUGAGCGUCCAGGCGAGCGAACAGGCGAGAGGCCAAGCUAG